AUGAACAGAGAAAGAAGAAAAACAGAAAAUCAGAUGAAGGUUGGAGACAGAGAACAGUGGGCCAGUAAAACUGAAUAUAUUCUGGUUGUUGCAGGAAAUGUGGUUGGUUUGGGUAACGUGUGGAGAUUUCCUUACCUCUGCUACAAGAAUGGCGGAGGAGCCUUUCUGUUGCCCUAUGGUCUGUUAGCUGUGGUGUGUGGGAUACCUCUGUUCCUGCUGGAGACUUCGAUUGGUCAGUACACCCAGGAAGGAUUCAUCACCUGUUGGAGGAAACUGUGUCCACUGGCACAAGGAAUAGGAUAUGGACAUUUGGUGAUGAAACUUUAUGACUUCAGCUACAUUGUAAUCCAAGCCUGGGCUCUCUACUACCUGGUGUUUUCAUUCACGUCCCAGCUCCCUUGGGCCAGUUGUGACAACACCUGGAAUACAGUUAACUGUAUGGGUCUUCAGAUUUUGGAUCCUCCUUCACUAAAUAUGACGGCAAAUCAGACCAUGCUGACCAACACCAAUUCUGCUGCUACUGAGUUCUGGGAACGGCGAGUGCUGGCCAUGUCAGGUGGGAUUGAAGAGCUGGGCAGUGUAAGAUGGGAGCUGGCCUUGUGUCUUCUGGUCAGCUGGGCAUUCUGCUACUUCAGUAUCCGGAAAGGUGUCAGAUCCUCUGGAAAGGUGGCAUACUUCACAGCCACUUUCCCCUACGUGAUGCUCCUGAUACUGCUCAUCAGGGGACUGACUCUACCUGGAGCAUGGGAAGGAAUCUACUUUUACCUGUACCCAGACUUGAACCGUCUUGUUAACCUUGAGGUCUGGCUAGAGGCAGGAUCUCAAAUAUGCUUCUCCUACAGUGUGGCUAUAGGAACUCUAAAUGUUUUGGGCAGCCAUAAUAAGUACAACAACAACUGUUACAAAGACUGCUUUUUGCUCUGUCUGUUGAACAGUGGGACCAGUUUUGUUGCGGGAUUUGUCGUCUUCUCUGUACUUGGAUUCAUGGCUCAGAAACAGGGUGUUAUUGUCGACCAUGUAGCUGAACCAGGUCCAGGUUUGGCCUUCAUUGCUUACCCUCAGGCUGCAGCUAUGAUGCCUUUGCCACAGUUCUGGACUGUCUGCUUUUUCCUGAUGCUCAUUUUCCUCAGUAUUGACACUCAUUUUGUGACAGUUGAGUGUGUUAUCAGCUCAGUAACCGACUUGUUUCCGAAGCUCUUGCGUGUACCAAGAAGGUCUGAAAUCUUUGUUCUCCUCACCUGUUUCUUCUCCUUCCUCAUACACCUGACAUUGGUUACUGAGGGAGGCAUUUACAUAUUCCAGCUAAUUGAUUAUUACAGUUGUACCAGAGCCUGCCAGGACUUUAUGGCUGUAUUUCAAUGCCUGGCUGUGGGCUGGAUUUUUGAUGCCGACCAUUUCUGUAACAUCAUCGAGGACAUGGCAGGACAGAGACCGUCUGUUUUCUUUAAACUGUGCUGGAAAUACAUCAUCCCUCUGCUGUCAACGGUUUACUUCAUCACGUACCUGGUUGAGUACAAACACCUAAAGAUCAACGACUGGUACGUUUACCCUGACUGGGCGUACGUGCUUGGAUGGACCAUGACUCUCUCCUCUAUUCUCAUGGUGCCACUAUGGGCAGCCGGACAGAUGUGUCUGACAUCUGGAACCUUCAGACAGGGCUUGUUCAUCCUUUGUCGUCCAGUCGAAGCUCCAGCCGGGCAGAAGGAAAAUGGAAAACAGAGGGAGGAGGGGGCGACUGUUGAACUGCGGACACCUGCAGCAACUGCUUGA